AUGUCAUCAAACUUCAGUCCGGUAUCCCCUCUGGGGCUGGCAACAAAACAUGCGAAUGCAGUUACAGGUGCUAAUGUGAGCGCUCUGGUUCUUCCACAGUUCCGUUGUAGUCCAGGUGGCCAAACUCGAUCUCAAUUGUCAAGUACUGGUGCACAAUUGCCUAGUCCGAACAGCCAAGUUAGGCCUCAAUUGCAACCAGUUGCACAGUCCACACAACGUCCAACAAGUUCUGAUGCAUGCGCUACAAUUACACAGUAUCUGAUGAUGUAUCAUACGGGGCGAGAUGAAGAAUUUAGUCGCAAAGCUAUUGAAAGUCUGAUUAAGAAAUUGAAAGAUAAACGUGAUGAAUUAGAUGCACUGAUCACCACUGUAACAUCACAUGGGAAAAUUUCUCCGAAAUGUAUCACGAUUCAGCGUACUUUAGAUGGACGAUUGCAGGUGGCUGGAAGAAAAGGUUUUCCGCACGUCGUUUAUGCACGUAUUUGGAGAUGGCCUGAUUUACAUAAAAAUGAGCUGAAACAUUUGCCGCUUUGUCAGUGUGCAUUUGAUUUGAAAUGUGACCUCGUUUGCGUUAAUCCAUACCACUACGAACGUGUUGUUCCGCCAGGUAUCGGCACCAUCGAUUUGUCGAAUUUAAAAAUUGAACAUCGGUCCUCAUCACAAGACGAUUCAAACACACUUUCCCCGGGAAGUACAGGAACCAGCGAUGAUUUGUCAAAGAACUCAGCGCUUAAUGAGAAUGACGGUUGGACUACAAAGACACUAGCAUAUGCGUCAACACUGCGUACUCCCAAUGUCGUCAAAACAGAGACAAGAGCAUUGUCUGGUGGUGAACAUGAUCUAUUUAGCAACACUAAUGUAUGUGUGAUACCAAAUCAGUCUACUUGGAAUAACAGUGAGCAAAACGUAGUUGCUCCAGCAGUCAAAAUCUCGUCACAGAUUCCAGCAGUGAUAAAUCCAAUUCCAUUUCCAUCUAGCUCUAUACAGUCUCAAAGCACGUUUCCAACUCCAUCUGUUACUGGCGUGUUGAAUCCAUCGUUACAAGUAUCUUCUUCAUUAGUGUUCAGUAACUCGCAAGAAGCUCAGCACCAUGUAGAAUCUAGAGCUCGUGACAGAACGGAACCUAUGACGCUGAGUCCACAUCCGACAAAUUGGUGCGUCGUUUCUUAUUAUGAGUUCAAUACAAAAGUUGGUGAAACAUUUGCUGUAAGCGCACCUGCGGUGUACAUUGAUGGAGGAGUUGAUCCAUCUGCUCCUGGUCGUUUUUGUUUAGGAUCUCUUUCCAACGUGCAACGUACCGAUGAGAGUGAACGGUGCAGGAAGCAUAUUGGCCGUGGGAUUCGAUUGGACGUGAAAGGAGAAGGUGAUGUCUGGUUGACAUGUUUGUCGGAUCGACCAGUUUUUAUUCAAAGUUCAUAUCUCGAUCGUGAAGCCGGACGAGUUCCAGGGGACGCCGUACACAAGAUUUAUUCUCAAGCAACAUUAAAAGUUUUCGACUUACGUCAAUGUUACCAUCAGCUACGACAGCAGAAUAUGUAUCAGUUGAUUGCGGCGGAAAUACUAAAUAACUCAUCUGAUAAUUCAAGAAAUCCGUUGUUUGGAAUGGACAGGAAGUCAACGGAACUUACCGGUCGUUUAAAUCAGGCCGCAAAUGUUGGUGUCGACGAAUUACGCAACUUGUGCUCGCUGGCAGUAUCUUUUGUUAAAGGAUGGGGACCAGAUUAUGAUCGUAAAUCAAUCAAGGAAACACCAUGUUGGAUUGAGGUUCAAAUAAACAGGGCUCUUCAACUACUUGAUGAAGUCCUUCAUAAUCCAACUUUAAAAUAG